AUGACCAUCACUUUUAUAGUCCUUCUCUGCUUCGAGACACUGCUCACACUGAUCAUCUGGGCAGAGCCAGGCCCUGCAGUGGCCCAGGGGAAGCCUGUGAGCAUCUGGUGUCAGGGGUCUCAGAAAGCUGACCAGUACUUCCUGUACCAGGAAGGGGUCUCGGAGCCCUUGAGAAGGGAGUUUCCCCUGGGACCCAGCAGCAAGGCCAAGUUCCCAUUCCCACACAUGACCUACCACCUUGCUGGGCGCUACUCCUGCUUGUAUCACAGACAAACAAGCUGGUCAGUUCCUAGCAAGCCUCUGGACUUGGCAGUCACAGGUGAGCAGGCACUUCCAUCUACACAGGUGUCUAGGAAACCAUCCCUGUCAGUCUUGUCAGGGCCGGUGGUUGCUCCUGGACAGAGCCUGACCCUCCAGUGUCGCUCUGAUGUUGGCUACGACAGAUUCGCUCUGUCCGAGGAGGGAGCAGGUGACCCUCCCCGGCGCCUUGGCCGGCAGCCCCACGCUGGGCUCUCUGGGGCGAACUUCGACCUGGACCCUGUGAGACCCUCCUACGGGGGCCGGUACACAUGCUAUGGUGGACAGAACCUCUCCUCCGAGUGGUCGGCCCCCAGUGACCCCAGGGACAUCCUGGUCGCAGGGGCCAACUCCCACAAUUCUGCCAAGCCGGGGCCCUCUGUGGCCCCAGGAGAGAAUGUGACCCUGCGGUGUCAGAGCCCCAGCUUGUUUGAUGCGUUCCUUCUGUCCAAGGAGGGGGAAGCGGCCCCCGCCCUGCACCUCAGAUCUCAGCACCAAGAUGAGGAAUUUCAGGCGAACUUUGACUUGCGCCCUGCGACGCUGGACCACGGGGGGACUUACAGGUGCUACGGGUCACUCAGCAGCACCCCUUUCCUGCUGUCACACCCCAGCGACCCCCGGAAGCUCAUGGUCACAGGGGCUCCUGUUACUAUCACCCCAUCAGACUCCACGAGCGUCCCACUUCCAGAUCACACACUGGAGAAUCUCAUCCGAAUGGGUCUGUCUGCCCUGGUCCUGGUGGUGCUAGCAGUGUUGGUGUUUCAGGCAUGGCACAGCCAGAGAAGUGCCCAAGGUGAAACCAAGAGGUGCUUACUGCACGGCUCCUCCCCCAGCAUCAGCUCCUGGAAUCAGCACUCUUCUGCGUGAGCCUCUGGUGCUUUC